CUGCAUCUUUUAUCAUCAAAUAAAUCGAUAUAGAAUCUGUGUCGAUUUAUCAGCCUAAUUUUUUUCGUAUCACAGACCCAGUUAUAGAGGCGGCAUAAAGAUUGGGGGUGGUGAUACAUAACAUAGUGUGAGAUGCGACGUCGUAAGCGCACGGAAUUCUUCAAAUUAUGUGGUUUAUGUUUGACGACAAUAAUCAUCAAUUUUUUAUCAUUAAUAUGUACACUAAAUCAGGCUUCGGCCCUAGAAUUAGAGGAGCGUAUGGAAAUAGUAAGAAAAGUAUUACGAGAAGUGCCUUUAAUAGACGGUCACAACGACUUGCCAUGGAACAUAAGAAAAUUUUCAAAAAAUCAACUUCGAGAGUUUCGAUUUGGCGAGGAUCUACGCUUAAUAUCUCCGUGGUCGACGAGUCCAUGGUCACACACAGACUUGCGGCGACUGAAAGAAGGCAUGGUAUCAGCUCAAUUUUGGUCUGCCUAUGCACCAUGUUCGUCCCAACAUCUCGAUGCUGUACAGCUAACAUUAGAACAAAUAGAUUUAAUUCGACGAUUAGUUCUUCUAUAUCCACAACAUAUGUCCCUCGUAACGACAGCUGAUGCUAUUGAAGAGAGUCAUAGGAAAGGACGAUUAGCUAGUCUAAUAGGUAUAGAAGGUGGACAUAGUAUAGGGACAUCAUUAGCCGUUUUAAGAAUGUUUUAUGCGCUCGGUGCACGAUAUCUGACGCUAACGCACACAUGUAAUACUCCAUGGGCUGAUUGCUGUAAAGUCGAUGAGCCAGGACAAGUGCCGCAUAUUGGAGGACUUUCACAUUUCGGAACGCUCGUCGUUGCCGAAAUGAAUCGACUUGGGAUGAUUGUCGAUUUGUCUCAUGUAUCCGUUCCAACGAUGCUCGAUGCUCUUGCAACAUCGAAAGCUCCAAUUAUCUUUUCACAUUCUUCAGCGCACGCUAUUUGCAAUUCAUCGAGAAAUGUGCCAGAUCAUGUGCUGAAGCGAAUUGCUGUAAAUCAAGGACUUGUUAUGGUUGCAUUCUAUCCACACUUCAUUAGUUGCGGUGAGAAAGCCACACUUAAAGAUGUUGUCGCUCACAUAAAUCACAUAAGGGAUGUUGCUGGGAUAGAUCACGUAGGAAUUGGAGCAGGCUACGAUGGAGUAAAUUUAGUACCAAAGGGACUUGAGGACGUGUCUCGAUAUCCAUAUCUAUUUGCUGAAUUACUAGCCGACGCAGAUCGAUGGACGGAGGAAGAUAUAGCAAAAUUAGCAGGAAGGAAUCUUAUACGAGUGUUUCGACAAGUCGAGCAAGUGAGGGAUCAACUAGCAGCUCAGGGAAUGUUGCCAAUCGAUCAAGACAUUUCACCUGAAGACAUCUUAGGACGAUCAUAUUGUCGAUUCAAUGGUCCACGAACGUGAUGCACAAAAAUUAAAAUAAUUCUAAUAUAAAUCAAAUUUUUGGAACUUCCAUGCUAAGUGUGGAAGUUAGAAGCUUUUGACAAAAACAAAACACACAAAGAAAAUGUUCAUCAUUUGUCUCAAUUUUACUGAGACUUUUUUUUUCAAGCCGAAAAGAGACAAAUAACG